GUGUUAUGCGACUCCAGUGUGCAUUUUACUCGAUUUAUUUAUGGUUUAAUUCAUUGAAGAAAUAAAAAAACCUUUGGUUGCAGUGUGUUUAUAAGUUUACACUUCGUGAGAUUCUGAAGAUGAAAUAUCCAGUGCUUUGCUGGUUAGAAUUACGAUAUAUAAUAUCGUCGUCUUGGUCGGAAUAUAUUUUUGCAGUGUAAACAAGGCUGCCCAGUGACAGAGUAUCCUUGCAAAUAAUUUCAUUGCAGUGCUGGCUUCCGUAGAAUACAAUGGACGAAAACAUCAGUAUUUGUCCAAGUGAUGACCUGUCCACUAGAAAUGGUUACACAGGAAUACGCCAGGCAACAGAUGACGUCAACUUAGACACUGUAUUGUUAUUGUCACAGAACGACGAGGACAUGGAAGAUGACUUGGAUAACAAAUCACUUGAACCGCUGGAAUUGGUCCAGUCGCAUCAGCAACAGAAUAGGGUUACCGCGUAUCUGGUUUUGGCUUCAGUUAUGGCUGCCUUUGGUGGUAUUCUUUUUGGAUACGAUAUUGGUAUAAUAUCAGGCGCUUUACUUCAAUUGAGAGAGGUUUUUCAUUUGGACUGUUUUCAACAAGAAGUGGUUGUGAGUGCUUUGUUACUCGGCGCCCUGAUAGGAUCACUUGUGGGAGGUUUCAUAAUAGAUGCAAUUGGUCGUAGAUGGGCUAUUAUAUUCAACGAUGUCAUAUUUGUAAUUGGAGCUAUUAUACUGUUAGUGGCGAAUACCUUUACCACUCUGGUAGCUGGACGACUGAUUAUCGGAUUUGCUGUGUCGCUAUCUGUGAUUGGAGAGUGUAUUUACAUAUCGGAGAUAUCUCCCGCUAAACGACGUGGUUCAUUAGUAUCACUAAACGAACUCGGGAUCACUGUCGGUUUGUUGCUGGCAUAUCUCGUCAACUUUCUAUUCAUCACAGUACGCAAUGGGUGGCGAUACAUGUUCGGUUUAUCGAUGAUUCCCGCUAUUGUACAGGGUAUUGGAAUGUACAUUCUGCCUCCAAGUCCAAGAUAUCUUAUUAUUAGGAAACGAGAUACUGAAGCACGCAAUGUCUUAGUCGUUCUCAGAGGCUCAGACAACGUAGAUGAAGAACUGAUGCAAAUCACAACAUCAAUCCAUAAUGAAAAGGAUUAUUCAGUCUGUGAUUUAUUUCGAAGUGUUGAUAACAUGAGAGGAAGGCUCUUCAUUGGUGUUGGCUUGGUUUUUUUCCAACAGGUGACUGGACAGACAAAUGUUUUAUACUAUGCACCAACUGUUUUUCAAUUGGUUGGUUUUAAAACUGAUUCAGUUGCUACCUUAGCCACCAUCGGACUCGGAGGUGUCAAGGCGCUGUCUACUAUUGUAUGUUUGUUGAGUGUGGAUAAAGUUGGAAGAAGACGUUUUCUUCUUUUUGGGGCAUUCUGUAUGAUGGUUGUGAUUAUGACAUUGGGAAUUAUUACACAGAUUCUACCAUCACCAGCUUCAGAAAAUCCUUGUCGUGACUACAAAGUGUAUGAUAACCUGACGACAACGGACAGCACUCCAUAUUUGACACCUCUAUCAGACGACAACGUUUCAGCGUCAGACACAUCAGUGCAGAAAAAAAGAACUUUACGUCAUCUCCUGGGUGACUCAAGAGAAUUUACACAUUUACAAAACAAACAUAUUUUUAAAAGAGAGAACAUUUUUAAUAUCAGCGCUAACAGCACUGAUGAUAACAAUUCAGGCUCGCAAGCUGCAAAGUACGUUGCUUUAAUAUCUCUGAUGCUGUACGUGGCUGCCUACUCCAUUGGAUUCGGCCCAGUUACCUGGAUUUUGUUGAGUGAAAUUUUUCCAUCUGGAAUAAGAGGACGGGCGACGUCAUUUGCAACAGUUGUUAAUUGGGGUACCAACUUGGUGAUUUCUUUGACAUUUCUUAAUCUUGUUAAUGGGUUAGGUAUAUCAUGGACUUUUAUAUUGUAUGGUUUUAUCUGUGCAGCGUCCAUUGUGUUUGUAUAUUUAUUUGUACCAGAAACUAAAAAUAGAUCACUGGAACAAGUGUCAGCAGAUAUUAAUAGGAGUUCACUCUAUAACCAGAGCGCUCAUCGAUGUCACCUUCUUCCGUGUUGCCAUGACAGUCGUCAGUUACACAUCUCACAUAGUAACUACAGUGAAGUUGACAGAACAAGUAACAUGGCAUCAUUGGAGUCAAUACCAAGUAGUUUGAUUUAA